CUGACAGUCGAACAACAAGAACCAAAUCAAAACAGAGAAUGUAUAAAAAAGCGAAGGAACGGGAGUGUUUUAUAAUCAUAAUUUCAAGUGGGUGUUUGUCCAUAGAGUGUAGGAUAGGAAAAUUGAUUAUCGGGUGCAGAUAGGCCUGGGCAGACAUUACCCCAAUUGUUUCAUUCAAUCAAUCGUGCUAGGUGCGUAGAACCACGUUGAAAAUGACGGGACGCAAUCGGAACCAGGUCACUAAACUGGAGACCACGAUCGAGCAGUGUCGGGGCGAGGGCAAAUGGAAUCGGGUGAUUGAGCUGGCAGACGAACUCAAGUCUGGCUAUCCACAAGUUGAAAGUCUUGCAAACUUCCUCAUGGGGGAAGGUAAACUGGAGAGCUAUCUGGAGGAGCAUCCUCCAGUGGAGGACAAUUUUCACAAGGCUAAACUGGGACUGACAGAUGCGAAGCGCUAUCUGAACUCGGUGAUAGGGGAUAGUGGAAAAAAGGCUGGAAUAGCAUUGGACGCUCACCUGCUUCUGGCGAAAUUAUAUUACGCCUGUGGACAAUACGAUGAGUCGUUGCAAAAUUUUGUCCUGGCCGAGUUGAAUGCGCUGUCCGAGAAGCAUCUUUCACCUCGUAGCAUCCGGAUUUUGGCUGAAUCGUACGCCAUUAAGGGGAUGUGUUUGGAGAAAGGCGGCAAAGCGCCCUCGAAGUUCAAGCAAUCCGAACAGGAAACCGAUAUGAUUACUUGCUUCGAGCGAGCAGCCGACUUGGGGAUCCUUUAUCUUCAGGGACAAGAUAGCGGCAAUCAAGGCGAGGUUCGCCGGAUGAGUGCCGUGCUGGAAACCGGAUUGCAACGGGCGCCCAUUGUGCUGAUCAAGACGGGGAAGUUGCAAAAUGCAAUCGAUCGCUACCGGGUGAUGCUGAAUGCGGUUGAAACCAAGGCGACUCAAACUCUACGGUUGACUCUGACCAGACAACUGGCGGAGGUUCUGCUGAGAGGUGUGUCCGGAACAAUUUAUACCCCACCGACUAAUAUUAAUGCGACCAGGGCGGGCUCCGCCGGGAAGCGUCUAUGGGAACCGAGGAAAUAUGCAGCUAGACAACAGUUUAUUCCACGGAAUCAGCACGAGGAAACAAUUUUACUGCUGCUGAUAGCGGAAGCGCUGGCCGUGAGAGAUGCCGUCUUGUCGCAGAGUCCCGAGUUCCGAGAGGCAAGAAUGCACUCGUUGGGUAAUGCGACAGCGGUGUACGAUUUAAUGACCCUGACAACGGUUCGUUGGAACCAGGUCGGUUUGCUGCACGAUUCACUGGAAAAGGCACUGAAAUUUGCCUUUGGAGAAAGCCAUGUGUGGAAACAGUAUGCCACCUGUCUGAUUGCAAUGGGACGACACGAGCAUGCGGUUUGUGCUCUGAAAGAGUAUUCCAAGCUGGAGCCACAGGACACCUUGAGUUGUCUGAUGGCUGCAAGAUUGUGCUACGAACAUCUGGACAAGAUCAAGGAAGGGUUGGCAUUCGCGCAGGAAGCGCUGAGCAAAGAAGUGAAGGUGCUAAGACGCUCACGGGCUCAGCUUUACGUUGGAGUUGGUCUCCAACAAGUGGCAGUCUCUUCGACGUUGGUUUCCGAGAAGGAUCGUUACAAUAAGCUAGCAUUCGAAGCACUCGAGCGAGCAGUGCUACAGGAUCCAAAUGAUCACCUGGCAGAGUAUUACCUCGCAUGUCAACAUGCGUUAAAUUACAACAUCACGGAAGCACUGCUGCACAUCACAAGUGCCCUAUCGCUACGAGCUGAGCAUGCGUCCAGUUUACAUUUAUUCGCACUACUUUUAACUGCCAAUCGGCGUCCGAAAGAAGCGCUCGCCGUUGUACAAGAUGCCACCGAAGAAUUCCCAGACAAUCUGAAUCUCCUGCACGUAAAGGCACAUCUCGAGCUGUACCUGAAGGAUGUCGAAACAGCACUAGAAACUGUCCAACAGAUGCUCUGCAUUUGGCGGGAAGUGUACGAGGUGCAGCUUGCCAACGCCGGCAGUGGGACGGAACAUGAACACGAGAAACAAUCCGACACCAGAAGUGUGCUGCAAAUGCAGUCAUCGCAGAUGUCUGAUAAAGAUUCCAAUUCCAUACAUGCUGCAUCGUUGGCUGCCUCCCGUAUCGAGCACGCCCUGAGCGAAGCCGCUAGCUCUCUAAGCUCGUUCAGUCCUCGGCCGGGUCCACAGAAGGCCUGGAUAAUACAGUUCAAAAUUUGGCUUUUGUUGGCCGAUGUUUACCUGACAAUCGAGCAACCGAAUGAAGCAAUAAAUUGCAUUCAUGAGGCCAACCUGAUCAAUCCUGUGUCCCAUCAAGUUAUGUAUAUGCGUGGCCAGAUACACAUACACCAGCAGCAGUGGGCGGAAGCGAAGCAAUGCUUUCUGAACGCCGUCUCUGCGAAUCCUUACCACACCGAAGCGCUGCGAGCGCUGGGUGAAUCCCACCUCACCCUUGGCGAGCCUCGGCUGGCUGAGAAAACACUCAAAGACGCUGCCCGGAUCGAUCCAAAUUGUCCCAAGAUAUGGUUCCUGCUUGGUCGUGUGAUGGAAAGUAUAGGUGACUACACGGCGUCCGCUGACUGUAUGGCUACGGCACUGCAACUGGAGCCUUCUUGUCCGGUGCUACCGUUCACAUCGAUCGCGCUAGUCUUCGAGUAAGACGAACCGCUUUUUUUCCACGUAAACCACGAACGCGAAUGCCAAAAAUAUAUCUCGAUGGUUGGGUUUGUUGACUAAUUUUAAAUCAGAAAAGUAUAUCGUAUUCACUACGUUAAGGGUGUAUAUGUGUGAGAGUUCCGGAAACGGAUUCAUAAUGGUGCAAGAAACGGAACAUAGUUCGGACACAGCGAUUUUUCCACUAUAUCUACGCGGUGCGGUCCACAAACAAUAUUUAUUUUCCUCGCUACGUGUUUUAUCAUGACCCCCUAGUUUACACUUCUAAUGUGAUUUUUUGGUUCAUUGUGUACCUUUGUGGUAGGAAUGAUGUGUGCAUUUAUCUUCACAGUAUUCGAUAAGGCGAAAAAAAUGGAAUAAAACAAUCAUUAUAACUAUAUUACUAUAAAGUG